UGUCGCUCAUAGGUAGCAUGUACAAGUCAGAGUGCAUCUUUUGCGACUUUCUUUAAGAGAUUGCUUUGGCCUGAAACCCCGCUUGAUUCAGCUUCAGCGCCAGGAAUCGGUUCCACAUUCUGCGGCUGCGUCCACUGGCCGUGCUGAGAUUCCGCUAUUGCGACGUUAAAUACAGACAAGACAGAGGCACUGCGUGUUCCUGAGCAUAUCACUGUUCAGCUUCAGAAGCUGAAGGCAUGGAGCAGAACAACAGCUUACCUCCUUUCGCACAGGGGUUGGCAUCCCCGCAGGGAGCGAUGACUCCUGGCCUCCCAAUCUUCAGCCCCAUGAUGCCCUAUGGCACCGGGCUGACCCCCCAGCCCGUGCAGAGCUCCAACAGCCUGUCCCUGCUGGAGGAGCAGCAGAGGCAGCAGCAGCAGCAGCAGCAACAGCAGGCCACAACCCAGCAGGGUGGCGUCCCGGGAGUCUCUGGGCAGACCCCGCAGCUCUACCACUCCCAGACUGUGACCACCACAGCGCUGCCCGGAAACACCCCGCUCUACACCACGCCCCUCACCCCCAUGACCCCCAUCACCCCCGCCACGCCCGCCUCUGAGAGUUCCGGCAUCGUCCCACAACUUCAGAAUAUUGUAUCUACUGUUAACUUGGGCUGCAAACUGGAUCUGAAAACAAUAGCCCUGCGAGCCAGAAACGCUGAGUACAAUCCCAAGCGUUUUGCUGCCGUCAUUAUGAGAAUACGAGAACCAAGAACAACGGCACUCAUCUUCAGUUCAGGGAAGAUGGUUUGCACUGGAGCCAAGAGUGAAGAGCAGUCCCGCCUGGCAGCCAGGAAGUACGCCAGAGUGGUCCAGAAGCUGGGUUUCCCUGCUAAAUUCCUGGACUUCAAGAUUCAGAACAUGGUGGGAAGCUGUGAUGUCAAAUUCCCCAUUCGACUGGAGGGUCUGGUGCUAACACACCAGCAGUUCAGCAGCUAUGAACCCGAGUUGUUUCCAGGAUUAAUCUACAGAAUGAUCAAGCCCAGAAUUGUGCUCUUAAUAUUUGUGUCUGGAAAAGUUGUACUGACAGGUGCAAAGGUCAGAGCAGAAAUCUAUGAAGCAUUUGAAAACAUCUACCCUAUUUUAAAAGGAUUCAGGAAGACAACAUAAUCGGUCUGCUGAAGGACAUUAUAUCGCUUUUUCAUCACUAAGCUGUGUUUGGCCACAGUUAUCUGUGCUCUGGCCAGUCUUGUGGAGGGACCGGCUGUACAGAUGGAACUACUAGGGACGUGGAACAGCCUUCUUCCUCCCCUGUGGUGUUAAAUUCACUUAUGACUUAUAUCAUCAACUUUUAUGUUUUAAAUGACGCUUUUUUGAUGCUCCUAAAGCAAAGACACUGAAAUGCUGUUUUAUUUUUGUUCUUAAAAAAAUGAUCUCCUAACGUAUAUUUUAAAGUUUAGAAUGUUCAUUUUAAACUCAUCUGUUCCCUGUUCCCCAGGCAUUUUGGAUAGUUUGUUUUCCACACAUUCCUUAUAUGGGCACACCUGUCUUCAGAGAUUGGAAGGUUAACUUUGUUUACUGUUUUUUUUUGUUUACAUGUGUAAAGAAUUUCAUAUAAGUGAACAUAGUCCAGCCAGCCUGGUGUAGGUAUAGUGCAAGCUGAAUAUUACAGUUUGUUGAUUUUACAUUGUACUUCAUUCAAAAGAUCAAGUUGAUCAAUUUGUUUUAUACAGCAGAGUACCUAAGCACCCAACUUAAGUAAAAAUGCUACGCAAUACAUGGUUUUGAAACCAUAACUUGCAUAAAUUCUAACAAGGGAAGUUACAGUGGAAGGGAAUAUUGGCAUUUUAAGUCCUCCUUUUAUCUUUUAUUUAUUCAGUUUGUGGUGUUUAAGUAUAUUGUGUGAUAUUUUUAGCAAUUUAUAGUUGACUUUGAAAUUCUGAAAGUAUUAUCCAAAUUUCCAGGCUCAGCUGAACUCCACUGAAAUUCUAAUUUUUAUACAAUAUUUGCUAUUAAACUCACGCUCAGAAGCACUUUUAUUACUGUAAUGCCAUUUGAUUUAUCUCACAUUUCUGGUGUAUAUGAGUGACUUUGCAAUAUUGUGUAUAAUUAAAUUUGUCUUUUCGUACCUGUUAUCUCAUACAGAAAUACUACUGUCAUGUCACAUCUCUUAAUAUGCUUACAAUAGCGCCAUACUUAUAAAAUGUUGCCACCCUUAAAGAUUUAGACUGUACAUUUUAACUAAGAUGUAUUCCUAAAGGUAGGUGAGAUUUUUUUUAAAGCAGACGACUGUGAAAUGAUGGAAUGUUUGCAUUGUGUGACAUAUUCAGGCUCACACUGCUAUAGGUCAAAUUGCUUCUGCUCUCUCUUCAAGCAGAAUUACUUCAUGCCAGUAUCUUAUGCCAAUGAAAUUUGAUUUUUUCUUUUCAGUGCAUGUAAAAGUAGAGUGAACGUAGCAAAACUAUUCAUACCAUACCAUACCAUAUUCAUACCAAAACUAUUCGUACCAUAACUCUGAAUUGUCUGAAUCAGCAGAACAGUAUUCUUACGCUCCAUCAAAAUAUUUUCAUCUGUAAAAUUCAACUAUUCACCUGCCCUUGAAAGGUCACUGAAAAUGACCCAAAUCUGUUUCAAAAGAUUUUUUUACUUUUAUUCCUUCACUGGCAUC